AUGCUACACAUCACACGCAAAACUGGUGUGACUUCUUUUUCCGUCAUCGUUGCUAUAGGCUACGCUAUGCGUGUUGAAAAAGUGCCUCCUUUUGCACGCUUCAGUCAGUGUGGCUUGAGUCGCGCAACCCGGACAUUUCAGCAUUUUCUUGGAGGGACAGCUCCCGCGCCUCAGACCUGCUUUGGAAAACGGUCAACAUCUUCAGUGCCAUUUUAUCAAAGUGA